ACAUGCCCACAUCGGACUAGGAACAACCGAACAGGAACCCAUUCCCAAUUCCCCUCUCCGGCCUUCGCCGCCGCCAAGGCACGAAGCCAGAGCGCGACGGCAUAAAUCGCGGGAGCGCCCGCCUUCGAAUCGGUUUCCCCCACGCCAUGUCCUCCCCCUGCGUCUCGCACCAACAGCAGGUCCGUCUCCGUCUCCGCGCUGCCAGCCGCCUUCCCGCCCCAGACACGGCCUCGUUCGCGCCGCCCGCGCCCCGGCGGCUUCGGGUGGCGCACGCGGCGAUGAGCGCCAAGGCGCCCCUCGGCGUGGCGCCGGCGGAGGAGGGGGCCGGGACGCCGGGGCAGCAGGCCGUGCUGGGGCAGAUGGUGGAGGAUGCCGCCGUGUGGUGCGCCGUCCACGGGCUCGUCGUCGGAGAUCGCGCCAACCAGAGAUCAGGAACGGUUCCUGGGGUUGGCCUGGUUCACGCUCCAUUCUCGCUGCUUCCAGCGCGUUUUCCGGCAUCGUUCUUCAAUCAAGCAUGCGAGCUGGCUCCUAUCUUCAAUGAGCUCGUGGAUCGUGUCAGCUUGGAUGGGGAGUUCUUGCAAGCUGCUUUGUCUAGAACAAAGCAGGUUGAUGAAUUUACUUCAAGGCUGCUAGAAAUUCAUGAUAAGAUGAUGUCUAUAAAUAAGAAAGAGGAUAUACGCUUAGGAUUGCACCGGUCUGACUAUAUGCUGGAUUCUGAAACCAAUUCACUACUUCAAAUUGAGCUCAAUACUAUCGCAUCAUCCUUUCCUGGCCUUGGCUCCCUUGUCAGUGAACUUCACAGGACCUUACUCAAACAGUAUGGAAAAGUAUUAGGCCUAGAUCCUAAAAGGAUUCCACAGAAUUGGGCAGCCACUCAAUUUGCUGAAGCAUUGGGCAGAGCAUGGGCCGAGUAUAACAAUGACAGUGCUGUUGUUUUGAUGGUUGUCCAACCUGAAGAAAGAAAUAUGUACGACCAGUACUGUCUUGUCAAUCAUCUGAAGGAAUCAUAUGGUGUGGCAACUAUAAGGAAAACAUUGGCACAAGUAGAGGCUCAAGGGCAGGUUCUUACAGAUGGAACACUUGUGGUAGAUGGUCGGACAGUGGCUGUUGUGUAUUUCAGAGCCGGGUAUGCACCAACUGAUUACCCUUCGGAAGCGGAGUGGAGAGCGAGGCUUCUGAUGGAACAAUCAUCUGCAGUGAAGUGCCCUUCGAUAGCCUACCAUUUGGUAGGAACAAAAAAGAUCCAGCAAGAACUAGCAAAACCUAAUGUUCUUGAAAGAUUUCUUGACAACAAGGACGACAUUGCCAAACUACGCAAGAGUUUCGCAGGGUUGUGGAGCUUGGAUAAUGAAGAGAUUGUGAGAUCUGCAAUACAGAAACCUAACCUGUUUGUCCUGAAGCCUCAGCGAGAAGGCGGAGGGAACAACAUAUAUGGUCAGGAUUUGCAGGACACACUGAUCAAACUCCAGAAGGAACAGGGGGAGGCGCUUGCGGCGUACAUACUGAUGCAGAGGAUUUUUCCAAAAGCAUCUCUUACUCCUCUAGUCAGGGGCGGUGAUUGCUUUGAGGACCUUACAAUCUCGGAGCUGGGAAUAUACGGAGCCUACCUGCGGAACAGAGACAAGGUGAUCUUGAAUAACCAGUCUGGCUACUUGAUGCGCACCAAAGUUUCUUCUUCAAACGAGGGCGGCGUUGCUGCAGGGUUUGCCGUUUUGGACAGCGUUCUCCUGACUGAUGAGUGAGACAGCAGCGAGGUGGCAGAGCUAUGGGUGACACCUGACCUGCAUUAGUGACAGUGCCCACAGUCAACUCAAACGAUGACAAUAUCAACUGCAAUCGUAGGGGAAACUAUGAAAUUGCUUACAGAAUUGCGGACAGUCGGAGAAGAUGGCAGUGUUACGUUAUGAUAUAGUUUCAUGUUUGUAUGCUGGUUGAAAAUGUAGGGAAACUCUUGUUUUCACUAGAAAGGAACCCCUGGAGGGGGGAGUAACGGUGUAGAAGGUUUAUGUUGUCACAGUUGGCAUGCAUUCAUCAUAUAGGAAUAGCUAGGAGAUGGCACCGUUAUGCCAACACAGUUAUAACAAAUAUCAAUUGUAAAUUUUAUGAUUGGUUAUCGACUAAGCAAAACAAUUUUAUAAGAAAUUGUUGUGCGGCAAUAUCGUUUGACUAAAUCUUAGUCAGAUGCUCGAAUAUUGCUAUGGUUUGUAAAUAUAAUAUAUCAUAUUUAUAGAUUUUGUUGUAAUAAAACAUAAAAA